GCACAUCAGCAAGAAUAGGAAGGUCCUGAUCGUGACGGGUGGUUCAUCGAAGCUGCCAGCGUUCAUCUGAGAAUGGCCCGGAGAGAGCCCACGGCGGUGAAGGCAUUCAAUACUGAGACCCAACUGAACGGACAAGAGAUGGCCUGGGAGGUGAAUGCUUGAAGCGCACGUCUGGUGAAAGGCGCUUGUGCGCACAGACCACUCGUUCUAUCCCACAAAGCGGAAGCCGAGCUGCGAUGUGCUUGAGGACGAUCCACCAUGCCCUUCGAGCACAACGAACUAUGCCACCAACUCGCGACAACCACAGACAUCGAAGCAGAUCACAAUCAAGGUCUCCAUAUCGAGAACCACGCCAUCACAAGCCCCAUCGCUCUCGCCAUCCGCGAUCCCGUUCGCGUUCCCCGCCUCGCGACGAUGGAGGACACCACAAGCGCCGUCGCUCGCGCUCUCCUCCACGCCCGGUAGUGCUGCCGUAUAAUUCCAAACAGCUCUCAAAGCGCCAGUUUCAGGAGUACAAGCCGCUUUUCCAGUCAUAUCUCGAUAUCCAGAAGCAGAUUACCCUAGAUGAUCUAGAUGAGCGCGAAGCCAAGGGUCGCUGGAAGAGCUUCGUUGGACGAUGGAAUCGUGGAGACCUAGCACGGAGCUGGUAUGAACCUUCGAUGCUGAAAACAGCCCAAGAAACUGUUCAGUCCUUCCGACGAAGCUCCCCGAAGCCCCGAAGGCGCGGAUCACCCGAGUACAAUUCACGCAAAGACGCGGAGCCUCAAAGUGACGAUGACGAUUUCGGGCCUCCGCCACCGCCGGAUGUAGGAAAUCGGCAUCCGGGUCAUGGGCCCACCAUACCCAAACUUGACGAUUUAGCGCUGAGGGAUGAAUUUCGAGAAGAGGACCGCGCACGCGAGCGAGCCAACUACGUCGACGAUAUUCGAUAUGAACGAAAGGUAGACCGGAAAACACAGAAAGAACGGCUGGAGGAGCUUGCCCCACGAGCAGACCCAGGAUCACGCGAGCGCCAGCUGGAGAAGAAGCGUGAGACAACCAACACUCUCAAAGAUUUUCGCGAUGCGAAGGAAGGCGGGGAUGUCGAGAUAGGCGACGCUGAUCUGUUGGGCGACGAUAGUAUCGAGGGUUACCAAAAGCGAAAGGUGGAAGCCGAGCGGCAGAAGAGCGAGAGGGAGAUUCGGCGGGAGGAGAUACUACGGGCAAGAGCGGCCGAACGAGAAGAACGACUAGCAGAUCGGAGGGCGAAGGAAGCACAGACGAUGGUGUAUCUAAAGGCCAUUGCCAAGGAACGCUUCGGAUAA